AUUUUUCAAACGUAGACCAGGCGCCUGGUUUAUUUUCUUUCAGGAUGGUUUAAAUUUGAGAAACUAUCUGGGAAUUGAGUCGCGUGUGAAGGUGGCAGGAUGGUGGUCAAUAGACCCCUGAAGAUGAAGGGCACUCCUGCCCAUUCGUAUGUGAACAUGCUGUCCGCAAUUACUUUGGGUGUGUGCACCCUGUUCGGAGCUGCAGCCGUAUAUAUACCGCGAGAGAGAAUGCGUCCGAGGUUUAGAAAAAUGGAGGAAUUUUUCCAAGGAAUCGCCGAGGAAAGCAGAUUCAUCAAUCCAGAGGGAUACAGCGCAUGGGCUGGUUCAGACAUGGGCAGAAUGGUCGUACGCUCAAGCGCUGAACUCAAGAAACAAAGGGAAGACAUUGAAGACUUUUCGAUGUUCGUCACCGACUCGAAACUCUAAGCGCUGUGAGAUGAGUUUAAAAAAAAAAGUAAUUAUAAUAAGUAGGGUGAUUUCCUUGUAAGAAAAUAUAUACUGUGCUUAUGAAAAAAUAUUAA